GUGACGUAAAACCAUCACUGUAAUAUGUGCGUUGUGAAAUCAACGAGGGUCAACAUGUUCAAUGUCACUGCAUUUUUACAACAUUCUGGGAGAUGUAAGCUGUCUUUAGAUUAAAAUAAGAUCAACAUCAGGACAAACGACGAUAUAUCUGAGAUAAAGUUGUGACCAUCAUCUCUCCUCUUGCCAUCUGUCCGCCAUGUCCACUCAGGCAAGUAAACUGUUUGUGGUAGCGGUGCGGUCUGCAUGUUGCCACCCCAGGGCUAGGCCCACCCUGAAGCAGCCUGCCUCUCCCUGUAGCCCCAGGGUCCUGCUCCAGAGACGGCCCUUCAGUCUGGACUCGCUUUCCUCGGGCCCCGGCCGGCCACAGCCCCAACAGGCUAGAACAGACCGGGCAUCCCCCUCUUCAGCCCCAACCCACAGGAACCUGUCUGCUGUGGCUGUCUCUGUCCAGGACCAGAGUCGCCCGCUGGGCAGGUAUGACUUCCUGGACCUAGGGGGCGUAGAGGAGAACACUCAGAGGGCUCAGCUCUGUAGAACCAUCAGAAGGUUCAUCAUAGACCCAGCCCUGGCCAAACUGGUCAUUCACCACUUAGGACCUGACCUGGAGGACAGCAAGGCCGCUAUAUUUGAAUGUAAUCCAGGCCCAGGGGUGUUGACUAGGACUCUGCUGAAUGCUGGAGCUCAGAGAGUGGUGACGCUAGAGGGAGACAAGUGCUUCCUACCUGACCUACAGGCUUUGGAGUGUCUUCUGGAUGGUCAGCUGGAGGUGGUCCACUGUGAUUUCUUCAAGCUGGACCCUAUGGGCAGAGGCAGCAUGAGACCUCCGGCCAUGUACUCUGACAAACUAUUCACUGACCUGGGCAUAUCAGAGGCAAACUGGACCGAUGAGGUUCCAGUGAAGGUGGUUGGUAUAUUGCCCCAGCGCAUUGAGAGGAGUCAGCUGUGGAAGCUGCUGUAUGUUCUGUUUGAUCGGCUCUCUAUCUACCGUUACGGACGAGUAGAGCUCACCAUGUUCAUCAGCGAGAAGGAAUACCUGAAACUAAUGGCUAAGCCAGGGGACAUGUUGAACUACAGAGCGUUUGGAGCUUUAUGGCAGAUGGCAUGCCACAUCGAACUGCUACACAAGGAGCCGUGGGCAUCAUUUGUGACUUCUUCUAAGUACAAGCUGGCCAUUCCAAAGAGCAGCCUUCCUAAUGACAACCUGUGUCUGGUGCGAAUCACACCUCGCAAGGACCUGUUCUCCACCUCGCUGACCCCCUCCAAUGCAGCCACCCUGGUUAUGAUGGUCAAACAAUGUUUGGCCAAGAGGAAGGCACGGCUAGUAGACCGGCUCAAUAUGUGGAGUCCAGACAGUGGUCCUAAGCUGCUGAAGGAGAUGGGGAUGCAGGAGGAUGUACUGACGGGCCAUGUCUACCCAGAGGAGUACAAACAGCUGUUUGAACUGGUGGAGAAGUCCCAGGAGUUCACCCAGAGCUGGCUGUAUGAGGAGGUAUUGGAGAACACCCAGAAGGAGGGAUGGAUAUAGACACACAGCGCCACCACUAGGAUUGGAGGGGUAGUGCAGCCAGGCUGCAAUUCUAGAUAACCCUAAACCCCCAAGUUCUUGGACUGUUGAACCACUCCCACCGUCAUGGUUUAGGGUGGUCCUGAGCUGAUGAGUUUGGUAUGUGAUCUUUUAAAAAGGGGCAACAGUGUUUGGACUGAGCUCUACGUGAGUGCUGUCCAGUCGAGCCAAAGAGUUGACUGGUGAAAGGCUGCCGAUCCUACCCUCAUAGGACGUUUUCUCUACGGUUGGGUACGGGGAGCAGCAGAAUGGUUACUUUAUUGGCAAGGUUAUAAUGAGUCAAGAUGUAUUUAAACCAUUCAAUCACAUUCUGUCACUCAUUCAUGGGUUAUUAAUACUGUAGGCUUUUUGCUAACACAGCACAUGCAACUAACUGGGUCAUACUAGUACACUGCUCAAAAAAAUAAAGGGAACACUUAAACAACACAAUGUAACUCCAAGUCAAUCACACUUCUGUGAAAUCAAACUGUCCACUUAGGAAGCAACACUGAUUGACAAUAAAUUUCACAUGCUGUUGUGCAAAUGGAAUAGACAAAAGGUGGAAAUUAUAGGAAAUUAGCAAGACACCCCCAAUAAAGGAGUGAUUCUGCAGGUGGUGACCACAGACCACUUCUCAGUUCCUACGCUUCCUGGCUGAUGUUUUGGUCACUUUUGAAUGCUGGCGGUGCUCUCACUAGUGGUAGCAUGAGACGGAGUCUACAACCCACACAAGUGGCUCAGGUAGUGCAGUUCAUCCAGGAUGGCCCAUCAAUGCGAGCUGUGGCAAAAAGGUUUGCUGUGUCUGUCAGCGUAGUGUCCAGAGCAUGGAGGCGCUACCAGGAGACAGGCCAGUACAUGCACAUUUGUGGCCCGCUGGAGGUCAUUUUGCAGGGCUCUCGCAGUGCACCUCCUUGCACAAAGGCGGAGGUAGCGGUCCUGCUGCUGGAUUGUUGCCCUCCUACGGCCUCCUCCACGUCACCUGAUGUACUGGCCUGUCUCCCGGUAGCGCCUCCAUGCUCUGGACACUACGCUGACAGACACAGCAAACCUUUUUGCCACAGCUCGCAUUGAUGUGCCAUCCUGGAUGAACUGCACUACCUGAGCCACUUGUGUGGGUUGUAGACUCCGUCUCAUGCUACCACUAGAGUGAGAGCACCGCCAGCAUUCAAAAGUGACCAAAACAUCAGCCAGGAAGCAUAGGAACUGAGAAGUGGUCUGUGGUCACCACCUGCAGAAUCACUCCUUUUUUGGGGGUGUCUUGCUAAUUGCCUAUAAUUUCCACCUUUUGUCUACUCCAUUUGCACAACAGCAUGUGAAAUGUAUUGCCAAUCAGUGUUGCUUCCUAAGUGGACAGUUUGAUUUCACAGAAGUGUGAUUGACUUGGAGUUACAUUGUGUUGUUUAAGUGUUCCCUUUAUUUUUUUGAGCAGUGUAUUUGUUUCCUGAAAACCUGAUAUUGAAUACUACAUCGGGCAGAAAUGAGCAUUUUGAAUCACGAAAGUUUCCUCGCAUGACAUCUACAAGCCAGAAUGUUGAAUAAAAUAUUUUAAAGUGCUUUACAGGUUGGUCCUUUUGGAGGUAGGAAUGUGAGACAAUAUAUCCACAGGAAAGUGAAAUUACAUCAACUUUUCAAAGCACUGGUAGAGCGUUCAGAUUUAUAUCACCUGAAGCCGUUGCCGAGCCACGUGAAGCCGUGCACGAGCCACGUGAAGCCGUGCACGAGCCACGUGAAGCCGUGCACGAGCCACGUGAAGCCGUGCACGAGCAUUCACGUGGCUCGUGCACGAGCUUGGCAAGCAUGCAUGCUUCAGAUCUAAAUCUGAAAGCAAUAGCAGCACUUUGAAAAGUUAAUGGAAUUAUACUUUCCUGUGGAUAUACUGUCUCACAUUCCUACCUGCAAAAGGGCCAACCGCAUGGACAACCAGAAAAGUACAUUCAAAUAACAUUUUAUUCAACAUUCUGGCUUGUAGAGGUAAUGAGAGAAAGUUCCUGAUUCAAACACUAGUUUCUGCCAGACAUAAAAUUCAAUGCAAUUCAACGUCAGGUUUCCAGGCAAUCAUAUGUGAUAGGUUUCUACUUCUUUAAUUGUUUUGUGUAUAGGUAUAACUUUUUAGUGUACAUGCAUACCAUGUCUACAUGUAUUGACAGUUCAUUCAAUUAUAUGUACAGUUUGGGGUAUUAGGACUUCUUCUAAAUGGUAAGUACUAAAAUAUCUGACCAUGUUCAAUCACGCAUGGUCAGUCCGUGCCAUUCUGUAUUCACUGAUUGUCAACAUAUGCCUUAGCAUUCCAGCUGGAUAAAGAUAGUGAUUUUGUGAUUGGAGUACAUCAAAAAGCCUAUUGAAUCGUUUCAUGCUAUAACCAUUGGAGGAAAUGUAAUUAUCAAAAUAAAUGUUUUGAUUUAUACUGGU